AUUUCGGGGGUCUAGCCACCAGUUAUCUUGCUAUUUUGCUAAUACAUAAAGUAAGCAGGCACAUGUAGCGGCUGUUAAAGUAAAUGUCGAUGGUUAGAAGAUGGUUAGGUACAAUAUAGCUUUUUAACUAAGUACCCAACUCGUAUCUGCUAGUAGCAUGCCAAGCUAAGAGCUAGGUAGGUGAUGUGGGCCUGGUUCCUUCGUUUUGCAUUCCGAGUUAGCCCAGCGUGUAGCAGGCCGGCUUGGCUGGGGUGUCAUGGCGUUAAAGGAGCGUAUGGAGGCGGUGCUGAACGUGGGUCUGCGUGUGCCCAGCAUCAUGCUCCUGGAGGUGCUGUACCGCUGGGACGUGUCCUCCUUCUUCCAGAAGAUCCAGAGGUCCAGCCUCAACAACAACCCCUUGUUCCAGUACAAGUACCUGGCCCUCUACCUGCACUAUGUCGGUUAUAUCCUGAGCCUGGUCCUCCUCACCCUGCCCAGGCAGCACCUGGUCCGCCUCUACCUGUACGUCCUCACUGCCCUGCUGCUGUUUGCGGGACACCAGGUCUCCAGGGACUAUGUCCGUAGUGAGCUGGACUCGGGCUAUGGGGGCCCUCUCUACCUAGAGCCCCUGUCCAUGAACCGCUUCACCACCGCCUUGAUCGGUCAGCUGGUGGUGUGCACCCUCUGCUCCUGCGUCAUGCAGACCAAGCGCAUCUGGCUGUUCUCGGCCCACCUGCUCCCCCUGGUGGCCAGGCUGUGCCUCGUCCCUCUAGAGACCAUCGUCUUCAUCAACCGCUUCUCCAUGAUCUUCACGGGCCUGGAGGUCUUCUACUUCCUGGCCUCCAACCUGCUGGUGCCCUACAACCUGGCCAAGACAGCCUACCGCCAGCUAGUACAGGUGGUGGAGGUGUAUGGUCUCCUGGCCCUGGGCAUGUCUCUGUGGAACCAGCUGGUGCUGCCGCUGCUGUUCAUGUGCUUCUGGCUGGUCCUGUUCACUCUGCAGAUCUACAGCUACUUCAGUACCAGGGACCAGCCCACCUCCAGAGAGAGGCUGCUCUUCCUCUUCCUCACCAGUAUUGCAGAGUGCUGCAGUACUCCCUACUCCCUGCUGGGCCUGGUGUUCACCGUGUCCUUCAUCGCCCUGGGCGUCCUCACCCUCUGCAAGUUCUACCUGCAGGGCUACCGAGCCUUCAUCAAUGACAACACCAUGCACAGGGGGGUGACUGAGGGCAUCACCCUGCUCAUCCUGGCCGUGCAGACGGGGCUGAUAGAGCUCCAGGUCAUCCACAGAGCUUUCCUCCUCAGCAUCAUCCUCUUCAUCGUGGUGGCCUCCAUCCUGCAGUCCAUGCUGGAGAUCGCUGACCCCAUCGUCCUGGCUCUGGGGGCCUCCAGGGACAAGAGCCUGUGGAAGCACUUCCGUGCAGUGAGCCUGUGUCUGUUCCUGCUCAUCUUCCCUGCCUACAUGGCCUACAUGAUCUGCCAGUUCUUCCACAUGGACUUCUGGCUGCUCAUCAUCAUCUCCUCCAGCAUCCUCACUUCGCUGCAGGUCCUGGGCACUCUGCUUAUCUACAUCCUCUUCAUGGUGGAGGAGUUCCGCAAGGAGCCCGUGGAGAACAUGGACGACGUCAUCUACUACGUGAACGGGACGUACCGGCUGCUGGAGUUCCUGGUGGCGCUGUGCGUGGUGGCGUACGGCGUGUCGGAGACGGUGUUCGGGGAGUGGACGGUGAUGGGCUCCACCAUCAUCUUCAUCCACUCCUACUACAACGUGUGGCUGCGCGCCCAGCUGGGCUGGCAGAGCUUCCUGCUGCGGCGGGACGCCGUCAACAAGAUCAAGUCCCUGCCCACCGCCUCGCACGCGCAGCUGCUCAACUACAACGACAUCUGCGCCAUCUGCUACCAGGAUAUGAAGUGUGCGGUCAUCACACCCUGCAGCCAUUUCUUCCACGCCGCCUGUUUGAAGAAGUGGCUCUACGUCCAGGAGACCUGCCCCCUCUGCCACAGCCAGCUCAAGAGCCAAUCACAACCUGUUCCCCCUGCCCCUGCCCCCGCCCCCGCCAAUCACAACCCAGCAGAGGUGGGGGAGGUGGUGCCGUCGGCAGGCGGGGCUGAGAAGCCUCCGGUAGAGGGAGGGGGAGGAGAAGGAGGCAGCAUGGACAACUCUGCUACUGCCCCUGGACCAGCCCCUGAUACCCUGGCUGAGCCCGCCCAGGUGCCCCUGCCCCCCCCCCAGCCCUGAGCAGGAGGGGGAGGAACUUCUCAGUGGGAAGGAGGAUCCCUCUGGUAGUGACUCCUCCCACCCUGAGCCUACAGCCACGCAUCCGGAACCCUCACUGGAUAACGCCACGUCAGACGGCCAAAUCAGUGGUCCGUCGCUGGGACAGGGCGUGGCAGAUGUCAACCACACUCCCGGAGCAACCCCUCCCCCUGACAUUCCAGCUGAGCCAGAGUCUCCGCCCCACUGAACCCAUACCCUUCCCCCUCCCAGAAACACUCCAUGCCCCCCCCCCCCCCCCCCCUCCCCCCUCUUGGAUAUAUACCUUUCAUGGUUCAGAGAAAUACAUUUAAUCAUAACUUGGUUAACAUUUCAUCAUGGUUAAGUUGACAGUUUAUGGUUAGGUUUGAUUUGGGUGUCAUGGACCUGUCUGGCUAUAACCAGACCUUCAGAUGCCAUAGUGGACCUUCAGAACCUGUUUGUGGACAACUAAUAAGGUCAUGUACUCCUCAGCGUAAUCUUCCCAAAAUAAUUGUAAGUAAUCAAAUGAGAAAUUCCCAUGUUCUAAAAUGCUAAGCUCUGAACAGUUUGGUUAUGUCGACGUGCUGAGACACACAUACACACAAACACAUUGGAUGGGGGUUGUCCUUUUCCUCUGCACCCGACAGAACGCGCGUCCCGAGGAAUGAGUUUGUUUCCAUGGACACAAAGUCGUUGUAAUAAGCAAAUGAGUCAUGGUACUCUGGACACACAACAGUGUGUUGCAAAGUGAGGGUUCUAAAACACCGUCAGUGUUCUAGAUCCCCAGGGAUGUCUGUCUGGUGAGGGUUCGAGAACCAUGACAGUGGAACAUGUCACAGUAGCCAGCUCACCUCUGUGCCACUCUAACCCCACCCCUGACUUCUGCCCCUACUCCUCUUUUCCUCCCCCGGACGCUUCUGGAAAAGAAGAGGAGGGGCGGGUCCCCAGGUUGGCGCCUGCUUUUCAUUGGCUGCGUGGACGCCCCCCCCCCCCCCCAAAUUCAAUGUAGAGCUUUACGCACGCUUAGGACUUGCACGAAGUCGCCGCCGUCUGGCAGCCAUACCAACCCUGUUUUCAUCACACGUCUGUCUUUCUGUGGAUGUGUCCGACCUGUCCUGCCACCCGCAUUUGCACUAACACCAUCUAUAGCGAUGCUCCAAAGUCUGUGUCAGGUACCAAAUACUUUUGGUGCGUAAGAGACACCGACCCCCCUCUAUAUAAAUGUGUGUAUAUAUACCCGACGUUCAUACGUGGGAGGGGGGGAAAACAACGUUUUGAUAAUCAAAUCUUACCAUGCAGUGUUGCAGCUGCUUCUUCUCCCCUGGUAUGAAGCGUUGCCGGGCUCGUGUGAACUCUCCAGUGCCCUCGAGAGGUAGGAGGGGGAAGGGCCCGGACGCGGACGCAGGUGGGAGCGAAUCACUGGCCUUUCAUUUCAACAGUAUUAUUUGAACUUUGGCUGUGGUUUUGAGAAUGAAUACAUGUUUACCAUGUAGGAUCGAAACCUACCAAAUGCUUCUUGUUUAAAAUUUUAUUCGUAGCAAUUUGUCUGGAUUUGCACAGUUUGAAGGUUUCUUAAGACGAGGCUGCAAUGGGAGUUUGAAUAAUAAAACUGUUUCAAUUGCUUUUAAACGUUAUCUGAAUUUGGAGGACUUGAUUGGACAAGCCUUGCAAUUUCAUUCUGUUUUAAUAGUUUUGUUGUAGUCUGUUUUAUUUCCUCUUUUUGUAUUAUGGGAGAAGGUUGCUAGUCUGUGAAGGCAGACCACCAGCAUCCAUCACUGUCUGAUAGAAGGUUUGACUGGUGUCGCCUUGGUAACAAGCUGAAUGUCUGUAAUAAAAAGAACCAUCCAAUUU